AUGGCAGCGGUAAUUGGUGCACUUGUGCCUGUGAUUGUGAAGCUCUCCUUACUACUUCUAUGCCUCAACAUUAACUCUUCUCUCAUUCAAGCAAGAAAAUGGGAAUCAUGGAAAGAUAAAUACCCCUUCAUAAAACCAUCAAGUUCAUUCUCAUCGUCAUCACCAUCAAAUGCUUGGAGCAGUAGUGGGAGCAACGAGGCAUAUGAUUAUGACUACAUAAUAGUUGGAGGAGGCACAGCUGGCUGUCCUUUAGCAGCAACUUUAUCACAGAAAUUCAGUGUGUUGUUGCUUGAAAGAGGAGGAGUUCCAUUUGACAAUGCAAAUGUGACCUUAAUGCAAAAUUUUCAUAUAUCUUUGGCUGACACUUCUCCAACUUCUGCUUCACAAAUUUUUGUGUCAACUGAUGGAGUGUUUAAUGUAAGAGCUAAAGUCUUGGGCGGAGGCACUAGCAUUAAUGCUGGUUUCUACAGUCGUGCUAGCGAAAGCUAUAUCAAGAAAGUAGGUUGGGAUUCUAAACUGGUGAGUGAAUCAUUCCCCUGGAUUGAGAAGCAAAUUGUUCAUAGACCAAUCUUAGCACCAUGGCAAAAAGCAGUACGCGAUGGUCUUCUAGAAGUUGGUAUAUCACCUUUUAAUGGAUUCACAUAUGAUCACAUAUAUGGAACCAAGUCUGGAGGAACUAUUUUCGACAGAUUUGGUCGUCGUAAGACUGCAGCUGAACUGCUCACCUCAGGCAACCCUGAGAAGCUUCAUGUCUUGGUGCACGCGACAGUUCAAAAGAUUGAGUUUGACACAUCAGGAAAGAAGCCAAGAGCAGUAGCAGUCGUCUUCGAAGACGAAAAGGGGAACCAACACAAGGCAUUUCUUUCAAAGACAAAGGGAAGUGAAAUUAUAGUGUCAUCUGGUGCAAUUGGAAGUCCUCAAAUUCUGUUGCUCAGCGGAAUAGGACCAAAGGCUGAAUUGGAAAAAUUGAACAUAUCAGUGGUGCUUGACAAUAAAUUCGUCGGUAAAGGCAUGUCAGAUAACCCCUUAAAUACCAUAUUUGUUCCCACAAAUAGGCCUGUUCAGCAAUCCCUGAUCCAGACUGUAGGAAUUACCAAGAUGGGGGUCUAUAUUGAAGCUAGCAGUGGAUAUGGAGAAUCUGAAGAAAGCAUUCAGUGCGAUCAUGGUAUCGCCUCAGCUGAGAUAGGACAACUCUCCGCAAUUCCUCCAAAGCAGAGAACACACGAAGCAAUUGAAGCGCACAAAAGAAACAAGAAAAAUGUUCCACGAGAAGUAUUCAGGGGAGGUUUCAUAUUAGAAAAGAUAGCAACACCUUUAUCAACAGGGCAUCUUAGCCUGAAGAGCAAUAAGAUUGAUGACAGUCCGUCUGUCACCUUCAACUACUUUAGCCAUCCACGCGACCUGAUGCAAUGUGUAGAUGGGAUACGCAUUGUGGAGAAGAUUGUGAAAUCAAAACAUUUCACUAACUUCGCCCAGUGCGAUAAGGAGACACUUGACAAGUUGCUAAACAUGAGUGUCCAAGCUAAUAUUAAUCUUAUACCGAAACAUACUAAUGAUACGGAAUCACUUGAACA